UAAUAGAGAGUGAGAGAGUGUGUGUGUGUGUGUCUAUGAACGUGAGAGUGUGUGUGUGAAUGUGUGUGUGAAUGUGAGAGUGUGUGGGGUCACGGGGCGUCUCUGCCUGUCAUAGGGGGUGUGUCCAGACAAUGUGUGGGUUAGCCUUGACGUCACCCCUAGAUUCAGCAUACAACAAGCAGAGCUUGUGUCUAAACUGCUCCUUGUCUGCUCACAUAUGGCUCAUUGUCAUCCAUGCUUAAGGACGGAGGAGAGAGAGAGAGGGGGGGUUAGGGUGUGAGGUGAGGCCUGUGCUCUUAAUCAUUCACUAUCUCCGAAACCACCCUUACUGAACAGGAAGGCCGGAGGCGUUGAGUUCAGCUGGCUGGCUGAGGUGAAGUUAAAGAUUAGCCAGUGACCCCACCCAGGCCCAGCUCCGGAGGGUGUGUGGUACUGUACACUGCUGGCUGGUGACCUGAAGCUCCCGGCCUCCUCCCUGCGUUUGCUUCCGGACCCCCAGCCCAGGGAAUGUUCCGACGGGGACAUGCCUUACGUGGAUAGGCAGAACCGAAUCUGUGGCUUCCUAGAUAUCGAGGAGAAUGAGAGCAGCGGGAAAUUCCUCCGUCGCUACUUCAUCCUGGACACACAGCUGGGCAGCCUGGUCUGGUACAUGGACAACCCACAGAAUCUGCCCGUGGGUGCAGACUGUGUCGCCUCCCUCAAGCUCACCUACAUCUCCAAGGUGAGCGAUGCUACUAAGCAGAGACCAAAGGCUGAGUUUUGCUUUGUCAUCAACGCUGGGAUGAGGAAGAUCUUCCUGCAGGCGAACGACCAGCAGGACCUGGUGGACUGGGUCAACGCUCUCAACAAGGCCACCAAAAUAACUGUCCCCAGGCCGUGUGAAGGCCAGCAGGACGUGCAGAGUCAGGGAGCCCUGCAGGAGCUGGCCCAGGGGCCCAGGAAGCAGGUGUCCUACAGGACGGAGAUCAUCGGAGGGGUCCCCAUCAUCACCCAGACGCAGCAGGAAGGUGGAGAGGGCCAGGAUGGGCCAGACAGGGAGGGUCUGCGACGGUCUCACAGCCAGCUUCCGUACUUCCUGGGCAGGCCGGCUCUGGACCACACGGUCAUCAAGUCUGGCUACUGCGUCAAGCAGGGCGCCGUGAUGAAGAAUUGGAAGCGGAGGUAUUUCUUACUGGAGGAGAACUCGAUGAGUUACUUCAAAUCAGAUCUGGAAAAGGACCCUCUGAGAGUGAUCCCAUUGAAAGAGGUUAACAAAGUCCAGGAGUGCAAACAAAGUGACAUCAUGAUGAGGGACAACCUGUUUGAGGUGGUCACCCCGUCCAGGACCUUCUUCCUCCAGGCCGACAGCCCGGAGGAGAUGCACAGCUGGAUCAAGGCCGUGUCUGGAGCCAUCGUGGCCCAGCGGGGCCCCGGGAGGUCUGCAGCCUCAGAAACAUGCGGUCGUUCCUCUCCCUCCACAGUCUACCGGAGCCCAGCGGGCCCCCCUCUCCCUCGCUCGCCCGUAUCUGCAGUGCCACCCUUCCCAGAGUGCCCUGCUGUCGCGGGUGGCGCCCGCCCGCAGCAUGGCGUGGGACAGCGAGCACUUCAUGAGCCUCCUGCCGCGGCCCGGCCGAGCCCGGCCCCGCCUCUCCCUCCAGGAGACGCCACUCGCCAAGUGACCGCCGUCGCCACGGCAGCCGAGCCGGAGUCGCCGUGGCGACGGCGCAGUCACUUUGAGCCCUGCCCUCGCGAACCUCCCCUCGACCUAGACGAUGCCGACCUGCCGGUCAGUGAGGUCUGACCUUUGACCUCAUCCUCUGGUUACGGGAGGGGACUGUAGUAGACGUUAGCGUUAGCGAACAGGCUAGCUGGUUCUGGUGUACUUUCAGAUAGGGAUUUUAAUGGAACAGAACAGGAAGAUGGCUUACGACUGCGUACACCUUGUGCAGUUUAAAUGAAUACUGGCUGUUCCAUGCGACGGGUCACUGUAACGGUGUGUGUGAGAGAGGACUGGCACUGUACAGAAAUAUGCACCAAAGACGUCGCCCGGUUUACCAGUCCCUCCCACUGCACCCCUUUCAAACCUAUUUAUUUACUUGUAUGGUUGAGACUGUCAAAGUUCCAGGGCUGAAAUCAGCUUGUCCGUGUGACAUAAAAUAAGAUUCAGGAAAGAGCUUCAUUAGAACCUGUCACACGGUGAUUUUCUGCCAAGUCGGUAUACAUCAUGGCAGCUUGUAGACAAUAUUUCCUCGUCUAAUUUGACUAAUUCAACCUAGCCUAUUGCCACUUAUUUCCUGUUCUAACAUCACUAAUCUAUGUGUAUUUAACACUUUCUGUAUUUGUGGGAUAUUUGACCAAAUGUGUUGGAGCCACUUAUGUCCAGUGUAACUGGAAGGGGUAACCAGUGGUCACUCUGAGAUGACCAGUGUCUUCUGGUCGUGGUACCAGAAGAUGUGCAGCCUUAAGCAAGGUCUUCUUCGUUUGCCAAACUUUUGAGGGUACUUUGAUGGAUCCCGCCACAUGGUUUCCAUGGUUACGGUUUCCAGUGACUGACUGUUUAGAGACGUGAGGAUGGAUUCACUAGUAUGAAUGGAGCUGGGUGGCUUGAGGAAAGGCCGGAAGGAGAUUCUGACCUGCAGUCAGGUUAGGACCGGUUAGGACUGGUAAGGACCGGUUAGGACCGGUCAGGUCAGGGCCGAGGCUUUUUCAAGCAGCUGUAAGCAGGUUGUGAGGAUCAUGUAGAGAUGUUGUUUAGUAACAUAAGACCUUGUAAGAAUUUGUAUUUUUAUCUGCAUGUUGCCAAUUCACUAAUAAUUGACCCUGGUGCCUCUGUGGAACAGGGACUGAAAUGUAUGUUUGACAAAUCUGGAAAUUAUGAGGAUGUAAUCUUUUUGUAAGCUGUUUUGUUUUUUGUUUUUUUUUGCCAAGUUUUUUUGUAUAUUAAUUGUUAAGCUUUUAGAUGUUUACUUUCAAAGUCCCCUGUGCCUGUUCCUCCAGAUAGGUUGGGUUAUUCCUGCAGUAGGCAACUGUUCUUCAUGUCUAUUGAGAGCCUCGUUGUAGUUCUACUAGGUGAGAUCGCCUUUUAAAAAGUGCCUGCAUCAAUUCUAUCCAAAUAACAAAGCAAUUUUAACCCUUUCAUUUGUCUUAUGUAAUUGUGAUUAUGUCACUAUUUAUUAAAUGGAUGACUUGGAACCAAA